AUGGAAGCAACAUCUGAUAUAAAACUUUUUAAAAAAUGGUCCUAUGAGGAUGUUAACAUAGCUGAUUUAUCAUUGGUGGAUUGUAUUGCUGUAUCUCAAAAGGCAUGUGUUUAUACACCACAUACAGCAGGGCGUUAUCAAAAGAAAAGAUUUAGAAAAGCAUUAUGCCCAAUUGUUGAAAGAUUAGUAAAUUCAAUGAUGAUGCAUGGAAGAAAUAACGGUAAAAAAUUAAAAGCUAUAAGAAUUGUUGCUUAUGCUUUUGAAAUAAUUCAUUUAAUGACUGGAGAAAACCCAAUACAAGUUUUUGUAAAUGCUGUACAAAAAGGUGGACCAAGAGAAGACUCAACAAGGAUAGGAUCAGCUGGUGUUGUCAGAAGACAAGCAGUUGAUGUUUCUCCAUUAAGAAGAGUUAAUCAAGCAAUCUAUUUAAUUUGUACUGGUGCAAGGAAUGCAGCAUUUAGAAAUAUCAAAUCUAUUUCAGAAUGUUUAGCUGAAGAAAUAAUACACUGUGCUAAUGAAUCUUCAAGUUCUUAUGCCAUUAAAAAGAAAGACGAAAUUGAAAGAGUUGCUAAAGCUAAUCGUUAA